AUGCCGAUCAAUCGCGAUACACUUCUUCGAAUAAUUAUUUGUAUACAUUUUAUUUUUGUAAGCAUGGCACUCAUGGCUGAUUGGCUACCUAAGUCAUAUCUUCUCAAUCAACUUACUAUUUUAGCACUUGGUUUUUGGGCUAUAGUACAUCGUGAAAGUGCUAUUCAUAUUGAACUUUUAAUGUUAAUUGAAAUGUUUUCGAUUAUAUUGGAUUCAAUUUGUAUUGGAAUGUAUUUUCAAAUUGGAAAAAAUUCUUAUAGUUCUAGCAAGAAUAUUGCAUAUUUUGAUAUUAGUGCUUUUUUUGCUAUAUUUCAUUUGAUAUUAAAACCGAUUAUACUUGUAUUGUUAAAUAAAGUUCGACAGGAUCGUCUUAGUGAUUCUGCAUUUGGUAUAUGGACACCUACACCAGGAUAUACUCCGAUCGAUGGGCAAUAA